AUGUCAAAUGGGCAAAUCCUACAAGAUGCUCCUUAUCAUCAACUUUUGAACUCAAGCCAAGAAUUCCAGGACCUUGUUAAUGCUCACAAGGAGACUUCUAAUUCUAAUCAGCUUAUGAAUGUUUCAUCUACCCAGAGGCAGUUAAUUUCUGCUAGUGAAAUUAGACAAACUUUUAUGGAGAUACAGUUAAAAGCAACAAAUGGAAAUCAAUUGAUUAAGCAAGAAGAGAGAGAGAGAGACAGGCGACACAGGGUUGAAGCCUUACCUACAAUAUUGCAAAACUCAUGGAUGGCUGCUAAUGUUGACAAUCCACAUGUCAGCACAUUACAAUUGAUUGUUGUUUACAGCUUGGUUGGAGUUAUCUCAACUAUUUUCUUGUUGGUCAGAUGCCAGUAUGUUGGAGAGUUUGAGCAGAAAAAAAGAGAAGCUGAAAUGAAGAUUGAGGAUGUCUGGAGCAUGAUUUGUGGUGACUCUGGUUGUUUAAAGAGUAGAACAAAGCCUUUCAGUUAUGAUUUCAUUGGAGAAUUGUCCCUCAAGGCUACUUCAGAUGUUCUAAUAUUUCUAGGAGCAUUUUUAAUGCUCUUAUGCACAUAUAAAACAAGCAAAUGUGAAGACACUAAUGAACAAAAUGGUGAAGAACUUUCUGCUCCUUUAAAUGUCAGGUUCAAUGAAAUUGAUCCUCCUAGGAAUGUAACCCCAUUUGCCAAAGCUGGAUUCUUUAGUAGAAUGUCCUUCUGGUGGCUGAAUUCAUUGAUGAAAAGAGGUAAAGAGAAAACACUUCAGGAUGAGGAUAUGUUGGGAAAAAUAUGCUGA